ACCAGCUCAUUAUCCGCGAACUUCUGUUGCACUCACCGUGAACAGUCUGCGGUCUGUGAUCUCUGCUGCUUCCUCCGGCGGAAGUCCUGCGAAGAUUCUGACAGCGGGCAAGACCUCACAACGUCUGAGCGGAGAACGGGUCUUUUCAGGCAGGCUGCGUUUAAUCCAAGAUUACUUUAUCAGUAAUUGUAUGGACAGACUUGUCCAUCCGCUACAUCGCUAUACUGUACCGAUACUAGGCAGUCGGCUGGUGACACACCUAUACAACGCACAUUCUGUGUAGAGAAGCCUCUGAAGAAUCACCUGAGCGGGUGACGGGCAACUGGAAGGGAGGAAGGAUUGGAUGCAGACGAUGAAUCUGAGCCUGGACCUGAACCUGGACCUUGAACACGUUUUGUUUCGAAACCCGUUUCAAGGGUUGCAACUACUGUCACGGAAGCGCAAGGGGAAUAAAAUAUGUCGCCCUGAUCAGCGGUGGAAAUCAGCAGUGCCAGUCUCUAAUACGAGCUACCCGAUCAUCUUUUUGCUGCUGUUUUUUUCUGUGUCUGCACAGUGCUUUCCAGUUACAGCAGAUGGAAACAAAUAUGUGGACACCUUUUUCUGCAAAAAUCCAGGAUGUGCAGCUAACGUGACUACGAUCUUUUGCAACGAGGACCCGGUGCCCAUUUCCAGUAUCAUUAAGAAUUGCACAGGCCGACCACAACCCAUGGUUGUCUGUCAGCAUGGUGGUCGGGCAUUUGCUUCCACCCAAGCUGGUGUCUGUGAAUUCGAAGGGACCGCAGGUUUUAUUGAGACUGAAAAAUGCAAAGAAAACACCAGCAUAUGUGCUUUUAGCAGUGAUACCACAUCAUCAGAACCUGGAUGGACUGUUGAUAUAACUGUUGGUUCAGUUAUAGGAGUGUUAGUAGUAGGAGGAGCCAGCCUGGUUGUACUUGCCUUUAAAUGCGUACAAAGCAAAAGAAGAAAUCGACAAAGUGCAAGCUGCCCUGACCCUGCUGUGGCUAUACCCCUAACAGAGCAAAGCUCUGGAAACACCAGUGAGAGAAAUUGCUCUUGUGCUCCUGGAUUGGAUGGUGCCGGGCCCCCUCUCCAAUGUAACACAGCCUGAACUUCGGCAGCUUUGUUUUUUCUCAAUGUUUUAAAAAUAAAUGUUUUUUUUUUUUU